AUGGACAAAGUCACCUUCAGCAACGCAGGCGUCUUCUAUCGACAGUACAAUGGCGAGUCUGACUUGCGAUACAUCAUGAGUCUCGUCCAGAACGAACUUAGCGAGCCCUAUGUGAUCUAUACCUAUCGCUACUUUCUCCAAGGAUGGCCAAACCUCUCAUUCCUCGCCUUUCCCGAAUUGGACGACACGUCGGAUCCAGAUGUCGCUCAUGCACAAGAGCCCAUCGGGGUCAUCGUGUGUAAGCAAUCGCUUCACAAAGGCAAGAACAACAGGGGUUACAUUGCCAUGCUUAGCGUCGAUAGGGCGUGGCGUAAACGCGGUAUCGCGAGCACGCUCGUCAAGUUGUCCAUUGAUAUGAUGACUCGCACGGGUGCAGACGAGAUUGUCCUCGAAACCGAAGUGGAUAACACUGCCGCGCUCGGACUCUACGCUUCACUUGGGUUCAUCCGCGAAAAGCGUCUGUACCGGUUCUACAUGAACGGAAAAGACGCGUUUCGUCUCGUUCUCCCCGUCAUCCCCGAGGAGAACCUAUUCUUCCCUUCAGCAAAGGCAACUGCGGUGACGGACAAGGCCGUUCAAAGCAGCACGGUCCCUAUCGCCGUCCCACAACCCAUGCACAUCUCCUCUCUCGGAACAGCCAAACACAAAGUAGUGAUGCUCGAGACACCACCAUCACCAGGCCUUCUCCACGCAUCCACGGCCCCGCCCGCGACACGUCUCAACAAGACGAGUGGCCUCGGCGUCGACGGAGAGAGAUUUGCAUUGGGUGGGCUGUUAGGCGCAGCUGCCCCGCGUUCCGUCGAGUCGACGGAUAGCUUUGCUCUCUAUGGCGCACAUAUCCCGGCCUCAAUCUCCCCACCUAUCCCGCCUCGUCCUACAGGUAAUACCGACAUCUCCCCUCGUAAUGGAUCUGGGAUCUCGGUUCGUGGUGGUGCUGUUACGGGAGGGAUCGGGGCUGCGCUUGCGCGAGGUGCGGCUAGUGGUCUAGGCGGUGGAGCGUCGCAUUCUGCGCCUGUGAUUAGGCGGUUUGCGUACGACGACGAUGACGAUGAUUACUAUAUCAGCGGUCGUUAG